AUGUUUUUCUUCCUGAGCGACCUGGGCUCCAACCACGGCACCGUGCUGGACGGCACGAGGCUGGAGGCGCACGCGCUGGUGCGGUUGUGCCAGGGCUCCGCCAUCAGCUUCGGGGCCUCGAGCCGGUUCUACGUCUACAGGGAGCCCUCCCUGCAGCUCAGCGGCGUCGGCAGGCUGCAGUUCUGCCGGGCGCCGCGGGGCCCCCUCUCCUGCCAGGCCGCCGCAGUGCCCGCAGAGGGGCGAACAGCUGCGGAGCCGAGGGGUCCCUCGGCCGCGAGCUCCAGCUCCUCCCGGGGAGCCAGGCGGACCCAGCCAGACAGGGAGCAGAGGACCGAGACGCAGCAGAAAGAGCAGAAGAAGGAGCAAGACGAGAAGCCAGCACCGCCACGCGGCGCCACAGAGAGGACGCCCUCGGUGUCGAGUUCCAGGUCCUCCUCCUCCGAUAGCAGUGCUAGGAAGGGUGAGGCUCACAAGCCCGGCAGGGAUGCGCAGAAGCGCACCCCGAAGGGCAAGGCCGGGGUCAAGCUGCAGCUGGCGAAGAAGAGCAUGAAGAGCAAGCCGGCGAGCGACAAGAAGAGGGGGCCCGAGAGGGAGAAGGCCGGCGGGGAGAGCGAGAAGCACAAGUCUGGGGAGAAGGGGAGCGCCCGCCGCCGCGCGCAGGGAGACGAGUCCGAAAGCGAGUCCGAGAAGCGUCCGGAGCAGCAGCUCAAGAAAGUGCGGAAGGAUGUUCGAGAGCCGUCUUCGUCUUCGUCCUGCACGAAGAGCUCCACCCAGAAGGGGCAGGCGGGCAAGGAGCGGAGGAAGAAGCCGUCCACUGCGAGCUCGGCCUCGUCGUCGUCUUCGGCCACGAGGGCAAAGAAGAAGGUGUGCGGCCUUCGGAACGGCUGGGGACGACCGGUCGAAGGCGAAGGCCAGCCCGCGUCGCAGGGCGGAGCUGGGCCGGCCGCGCGGAGAAGAGAAGGACCCCGGCCGCGCAGACGACGGGCCUGGUGGAGUGGCUCUGACGCGCAGCGCGCCGGGGGGCUCCCGCGCAGUGGCUCUGACGCGCAGCGCGCCGUGGCCGUGCUCUCGCGGUGAA